CACAUGUGCUCAAGCCAUCAAUUCCUUUUUGUGUUAAAACAGGGACAAAGCUAGUUGGUAUUGAGAUGUGACCCUUUCUACCCUUCUCUUCUAUUUCUCUGGUUCUCCACAUAUCAUCCUAUUAUUCCCAUUCUAACCAUAGAUAUAUACAAACACAAACACCCUUCAAAUGAAAUCCAACCGUUGAAUACCACUUGUUCAUCCAUUUUGUUCUUUUUCACUUGUCAAUAAAUUCCCAUAGCACAUGAUAUAUCAAUAUUCUAGUGCACACAUUAUUAUCCUCUCUGCAUUUACACACUCCACUUUGUUCUAUCCUCUGUCGUGGCUCAUGUCAUGGCUCCUGCAACCGCUACCACCACCACCGCACAAAUUUUCAGCAACAAUGGCAACAACCCUGAGUUUAGCAGGCAAGAAAUCCAAUCCGCCAUAGCCAAAGCAGUGGAGCUAAGAGCCCUUCAUGCUGCACUAACGCAAGGAACUAGCCCAAAUGCUAGAAGAUUCUCUUCCCCUUCCCCUGCUUCACGCUCUGCUUCUCAGUUUUCAGCUCAAGAUUACCCUGUUUUCACACCAAGCUAUGAGGAUGAGCCACAUCAAAGCCCAAAAUCAGAAAGCUGGGAUGAGAAUGGGGUAGAAGUAGGAAACAGCAUAGAGACAACAACCAUGGUUCCAGAUUACAAGGAGAACUCAAGUUCAAAGAUGGGACAACCUUUUAGUUUUCCCAACCUUAACUUAGAAUCUCACAAUUGUCCUGCUGAUGAUGCCAAAUCAGUGACUGGUUCAUGUGGAAAUCACAUCACUGUUCUUCAAACAUCCCCUAAUGAUUACUUCAAGUCUAGGAGGAGAAACAGUUUGGAUGAUUUCAGACCUCAAUCUUCCUGCAAUAGAUGUAAACCUGCUGUGAUAACUAGUGAAUUUGAGAGUACAAGGAACAACAAGAGCUCUAACAUUGUUGUUCCCCUCACAGAUUCUCAUGCAUCUUUUCAAACACAACCUAAAAGUAAAGGGAUGAUUUCAUGGUUGUUCCCUCGGUUCAAGAAGAAACACAAGAAUGAGAGUUCCCCAAACAGGACAGAAUCUGAGGAGGUUUCUCAGGUUCUUAAGGACAUGGGGAUAAUGUCAGUGGAGGCGUUGAAGAGGGAGCUAAUUGAGGCCAACGAGAGCAGAGACACCGCGAUUGCGGAGGUUUCUGAUAUGAGAUCUUCAUUUGGGGAGCUGAAACAGAAGCUGGUGUACUUGGAGAGUUACUGUGAAGAGUUAAAGAAAGCUUUGAGGCAAACAGUGCAGGCAAAAGAAUCACCACUUUGUGAGAAGCUUAGCAAUCAUCCCAUUAGAGGAAUUCCAUUUGAUGGGAAUGGAGAAAAUUUUAUGCCUGUGAGUGAGGAGGUAAUGGUAGAGGGCUUCUUGCAGAUAGUGUCAGAGUCGAGGCUAUCAGUGAAGCAAUUCUGCAAGACCCUCAUAAGCCAGAUUGAAGAAACAGAUCAUGCUUUGAUAGACAACUUGAACUUGCUUCUUCAACCUUACAAGCUCUCCCUUGAUUCCAAAUACUCAAAGGCAGUUCUGUACCAUUUUGAAGCUUUCAUAAACCAAUCUCUCUUCCAAGACUUCGAGAAUUGUGUGUUCCAAAAGAAUGGCUGCGCAAAAUUCUUAGACCCUAGACAAGAUCGCCAAGCACAAUUCUCCUCAUUCGUCGCGCUAAGAAACCUGAGCUGGAAUGAGGUGCUGAGAAAGGGUACUAAAUAUUACAGUGAAGAGUUCAGCAAGUUCUGUGACCAGAAAAUGAGUUGCAUCAUCACUGCACUGAAUUGGUUGAGGCCUUGGCAUGAGCAGCUACUUCAAGCUUUCUUUGUGGCAGCAAAAUGCAUAUGGUUGCUGCAUCUUCUGGCAUUUUCUUUCAACCCGCCAUUGGGAAUUUUGAGGGUGGAAGAGAAUAAAAGCUUUGAUCCCCACUACAUGGAAGAUUUGGUCACAGAUAGGCAGAGGUCACAGGGUCCAAGCAGGGUUAAGAUCAUGGUGGUGCCUGGGUUCUAUGUUCAGGAUAGGGUCUUGAAGUGUAAAGUUAUUUGCAGGCACAAAUCUGCACCCUAAAGAAUAAUGGAAUUUGGAAACUGGUUUCAUUUUUACUCUCGACUUUCUUUUGCUUUUAUUUAGACUCUGUUAAGUUUGUAACUACUCAAAUGUUGUAUGUGACAAUGAAUAAUCAUUCAAAUUGGUUACAUUUAUCUAUUGCCCA